GUGAAUCAGAUCAAGACCACGACUCACGACCAUCCUUUGCCGUCGAUGGACUUACACGGAAGGGUUGGUCAUGCUGAAGUUCCUCUGCCGUCGAUGGACUUAUACGGAGGGGGGCAAUCAGCAGAACCAAGUGGUCUAGCUGGUCAUUCUCUGCCGUCGAUGGACUUAUGCGGAGGGGAUGGCGCAGCGUUGAAUGCUGAAGUUCCACAUGAAGACGAUGAUGUUCUGAUAGAUGAGGGGGGAGACAUGCCACCAGAUCCAGAAUCUGCAGAAGAUCUACCAGAGCCGGCUGACCCUCUUCAUGAAGAACCUCCACCACAACCUGGACCAGAUGGCCCUCCAGAAGAAUCUCUUCGAG